CAAUGUGGAUGGAUGAGUUAUGAAUCAAAUGGUGGGGAUGGGUGCACCCGAUCAGUAGGUAUGUCUGAACUAUUUUCUUCAAAUUACCUGCAGUCUUGCAUUGCGCAUAAAAGGGGGAAUAAUCUCAUGCGCCUAUGAACUGCAUGGACUCCAAAUUAUCAAUGGUCGGCAAGUCACCACGCGUGCGUCAGAGCGCGACUCUUCCCGCCAUUUUCGUUGCUCCACCCUCCCCUCCCUCCGUCCUACGCUCCUUCCCCCAGAUGCCAUUCAUGACACCACCACCACGGCUCCUGCUUGCUGUCGCUGCCGCCUUCCGCGAUGCGCUUUCGUCCUGGCACUGCGGUGUGGGUGGAGCACCCGGACCUUGCAUGGGCUGAGGCUGUCGUCACGUCCCCCGCGUCCUCCUCUUUCUCCCCAUCCUCCAUCACCGUCACCCUCUCCGACGGUGCUAAGGUAGUUACAAGUUACAAUAUUGGCAUGAGCCGAGUGCUCCCCUCCCCUGCAUGCAUGUUUGAAAUGGUUGAUGUGAGCAAGAGUACUCGCUGGCCAUUUGCAAUCUAGGUGUUUGAUGAUUUGUGUGGUAGGGAUUGUCUGAUCUCUAGUAGUGGUGUGGUUAGGUUGUGAUCGAAGGGAGGAAGGCCCUGCCAAGGGACACCGAGGCCGACCUUGGGGGCGUCGAUGACAUGACCAAGUUGGUCUACCUCCAUGAGCCUGGUGUGCUCUGUAAUCUUGCACGGCGGUAUGGACUCAAUGAGAUCUAUACAUACACUGGACGCAUUUUAAUAGCAAUAAACCCCUUUGCAAAGCUACCUCAUCUUUAUGAUAUGCACAUGAUGGAGCAGUACAAAGGCAUACAGUUUGGUGAAUUGAGUCCACAUGUUUUUGCCAUUGCUGAUGCAUCAUACAGAGCUAUGGUUAGUGAGGAGUGUAGCCAGUCCAUAUUAGUCAGCGGGGAAAGUGGCGCUGGAAAAACAGAGACCACAAAACUUAUUAUGCGAUAUCUUACUUUUGUUGGGGGCCGUGCAACAGGAGAUAUAAGGUCCGUGGAGCAACAAGUUUUAGAGUCAAAUCCACUCUUGGAGGCUUUUGGUAAUGCGCGGACAGUAAGGAAUGAUAACUCCAGUCGCUUUGGGAAAUUUGUUGAGAUUCAAUUUGACAAAUCAGGUAGAAUAUCUGGUGCUGCAAUUCGAACUUAUCUUCUCGAAAGGUCUCGUGUUGUACAAGUAUCUGAGUCUGAACGGAAUUACCACUGUUUUUAUCAACUUUGUGCAUCUGGGCAGGAUGCAGAUAAAUACAAACUUUCUCACCCCAAGAACUUUAACUAUCUGAAUCAAAGCCACAUGUAUGAGUUAGAAGGUGUCAGUGAUGCAGAGCAAUAUUUGAAAACACGGAGAGCAAUGGAUAUUGUUGGUAUAAGUUUUUCUCACCAGGAAGCCAUAUUUCGAACUGUGGCGGCUAUCCUUCACCUAGGAAAUAUUGAAUUUUCUCCAGGGAAAGAGUUUGAUUCAUCUGUUGUCAAGGAUGAAAAAUCUAAAUUCCAUCUGCAAAUGGCCGCUGAUUUUCUCAUGGUUGAUGAAAGCCUUUUGCUUUCAACUCUAUGCUUUCGCACAAUCAAAACUCCUGAAGGAAACAUAGUCAAGGCAGUUGACAAUUCUGCAGCUGCAAUUAGUCGUGAUGCUUUGGCAAAGACUGCUUGUUGAUAACAUUAACAAGUCCAUUGGGCAAGACAUGGCGUCAAGGGCACAAAUUGGGG